AUGCGACUCCUCUCCAUACUGUACUUUGCAUCCGUCGCUGCCCUUGUGGUGGCCUCUCCCGUCAUAGACACCGGAAGCAACAGUUUACUCAGCGAACAGACACUUCUGGGCGACGACGACGACGAAGGGUGCAGCGGUUACGGAUCUUUAUGUGACUGGCCUGCCGGCACGAGAGGUCCAUGUUGCUAUCCGUACCUUUGCAGGCCUCUCACCAUGCAGAAUCCCCCAGAAUCUCGGUAUUUUUUUGCGCCCACGUCUAAUAAUGCCGUUCGGCCGGGGAGUACUAGUGUCUCGCUUGAGCUUGGUACUAUGUAUAUUUGUGUUAUGAUUUGGCUUGAUAAAGUGGCUGAUGGAACUGGUGGGUGGUCUUUCCUCCGCCUUGUUGAGCCCGUGAAGGGAACUUCUGUUAUCGCCAGUGACUCGACUGAAAGUGGCGGUGUUGGGUCGACUCAUGCAUGUGGAGCUGGGACUUGA